UGGCCUCUAGGAGGCGCUGUCACUCAGGAAUCGGCGGCUGUCCUCGGCGCUCCGUCACGACUGUACUGUGUGUCCUUCGUCCGCGCACAGCAAAUAAGAAUAUUUAUAUAGUUUUUGUUUAUUGUACUCGAUAAAUAUGUCUACUACGACCGGUGGCGGAGAGUUUGGCAACCCUCUGCGGAAAUUUAAGCUGGUUUUCUUGGGCGAGCAAAGCGUCGGCAAAACUUCACUUAUCACGAGGUUUAUGUAUGACAGCUUCGAUAAUACCUAUCAGGCAACUAUUGGGAUAGACUUUUUGUCAAAAACCAUGUACUUGGAAGACCGCACGGUUCGGCUCCAGCUUUGGGACACUGCAGGGCAGGAGCGCUUCCGCAGCCUCAUUCCCAGCUACAUCCGAGACUCCACUAUUGCUGUGGUGGUCUAUGACAUCACCAAUCUCAACUCUUUCCAGCAAACCUCAAAGUGGAUAGAUGAUGUCAGAACAGAGCGAGGAAGUGAUGUAAUUAUCAUGUUGGUUGGCAACAAGACAGACCUGGCUGAUAAAAGACAGAUUACCACGGAGGAGGGCGAGCAGAGGGCUAAGGAACUGAAUGUCAUGUUCAUUGAAACCAGCGCAAAGACUGGCUACAAUGUCAAACAGCUGUUUCGUCGUGUUGCUGCAGCUUUGCCUGGAAUGGAUAGUACACCAGAGAAAAGCAAAGAGGACAUGAUCGACAUCAAACUGGAGAAGCCCCCGGAGCUGCCUGUUACCGAGAGCAGCUGCUCAUGCUAGUAACCCCCCGUCCCCUUCACACACGAACAGCUUGCCUCUCAGUGGUCACUUGCUCCUCUCACGGCCCCGUUCAUGAGCCGAGAACCUUAUCUUUCUUUUCGACCCAAGUGACUUUUCAGAGUAACCAUGUGGAUGUGCUAUUGCUCUGUAUUAAAAUGGAUUCCAAAAAUACAUAUAUUAAUGGGGAAAAAAGUAAAAUGACAGCAUAGAUUAAAUGCUAAAACCAUUCAGAUUCUCAUCUGUGGUGGCUGCAUGGCAUUUUAUGGGAUUGUUGACUGAUAUACACUCGUGUGCUCUUGAGUUUUCACACAUCAGAGCUGUCCUAAUCGUUGUGAAGUUACCAUUUUCCAGAGCUGGGGCUGAUGUCAUCGUUUUAAGUAUUUUAUAAUUUCUCUGGAGGAAAAGCUUGACAUUAUUGCAUUGAGAGGCUGUAGUCUUGUGUUACUGAUUCAUACUGUUACUGGGUUUUUUUUUUUUUUUUUUUUUACAUGAACAUUACACACUAUUUUGUUAGUGUUUUUUGGUUAUUUAAAGAAAGAUACAGAAGGAAUUUCUUUUGAAACUGUUGUGAAAUAUCUUGGACACAAUAUUCCGUAUAAUUGGUAUUUGGGACCAGAUAUCAUUUAAAGGUCUUUUUGUUUCAGGAAUUACACGUUUGGGCAAGAAAAUUUUUUUGUGUUUUUUUUUUUUG